AUGCCAUCAGCACUCAUACUCAUCGCAGAUGGAACCGAGGAGAUGGAAUUUACGAUCACGUACGAUACCCUAGUGCGCGCGGGUGUAACGUGUCAGUCCGCCUUUGUACACGACGACGAAUUCGUCAGUCCUGUUGCAGCAAAAGGAUCGAGAGGGAUUAGAAUCAUUCCCGAUGUGUACUUUGAGCCGAAUGUUUCGGGUCCUGAUAAAUUCGACGUUCUUGUUAUUCCUGGUGGUGCGAAAGGUGCAGAGACCAUCUCAAAGAAUCCUGCUGUACAAGCCUUGAUCAGGGAAUACCUAUCAAAGGAGAAGCUAGUUGGCAUGAUUUGCGCAGGAAGCAUGGCUGCACUUACGGCUGGCCUACCUAAACAAGCGUUGACCUCUCAUCCAAGUGUCAAAGCUCAACUAGAAUCAGAUUUCAUAUAUACUGAAGUACCUGUUGUUGUCUCCGACAAUCUGAUUACCAGUCGGGGACCCGGGACUGCAUUCCCUUUCGCUUUGAAGUUAGUGGAAAUGCUCUGCGGAGUUGAGAAACGAAAGGAAGUUCACGGCCCGAUGGUGUUCCCGCCCGGAACUCCAUGGUGA